AUGCUGCGCAUCUCGGGGAGGAGAUGCAAACACAGCGGAAGCGCUGGGGGUAGCAAGUGGAAGAGCACCGAAAAUCCAGGCACACAGUACAGAAAGGUAAACCUAAAAUGGGACGAAAGAAAUAUAUCGCUACACGUAUUCGACCUUGUUCCACGAAAUAAGAACAAUGCAGAAAUGCUGGAAAUGAAAAGUAUGAAUAUAAUUAAAGACAUGUCCAAGACCAAUUACGAUUUUGCAAUAUUCGGAAUAGGUUAUGUAGACUAUGAUAAAAUUUUAAAAUCUUUUAAUAGAGCUGAAUUGGUUAGGAGAAAAAUGAUUGAUUCCAUUCAUUCCAAUAUGAAAAAAGUAAAUGGUCAGUACAUUUCACUUAUCCAACAAUGUCUCCUUCUAAAUAUCCCUCACUUCUGCCUGGGUAGAGAUAGGCUAACAGAAUUGGCUAGUAUCGGCACGGCUAUUUUUAGUAACCCCAAGGAAAUAUUAUCCCUAGCGUAUUAUUUCCUCCUAAACAGUGAUAAGGCAAUUUCGGUGAACUCAGAUGUACAUCCCCGUGGUGAUAGUGGAAAUAAAAAAAAUGACAUAGAGUUAAACUUAGAGAACCAUGCCCCUAAUUUUUAUCAUGCACUAAUUGCAGAAAAUGCUCUCUACCUAAUUUACAAUUUGCAUGCAAUUUUGCUAAAAGUUUUUAAGUCCAAAUUUUAUGUACCCCCAAAUGAUAGCCAUAAAAAUAGAAGUAGCAGUAAGUACGAAACGAACAAUUUAAGUAAACAAGGUCUUAAGGAUAAAUUUUUUUCAUUCUUUAACGAAACAACAUAUGACCAAAUAAACGCAUUCAGAAAUCAAAUGAAGAAAACAGAGUUAUAUGCAGAGUAUGAAUUAGGAGUGGAAAAAAAAGAGGUGAGAAUUCUAGUCGUUUGUGAUACCAUAUGUGUAGAUUAUUUUUGUAAUUAUGUGAAGAAUAAUUUACACCUGUGGAAAAAUGUUACUCCCUUUUACCAUGAAAUAUUUGUACUAGAAAAGAAAAACGCUUACAAAUUUUCCCUUUCCUUGUUUUUGUUCAUUUUUGCGCCAGCUGCAUGGACAUUGACGCUUUUGAUAAGGUACUUGUAUCACCUGUGGGUUGAGUACUUCACCAAAGGGAAAGUUAUCACUGUUGGCGGCGACGCAUUCUUCCAGGAUUCCAAAUUGAUCGAUACUAGCGACGAUAAUCCCGACUUGGAUAAAAACUACAAUCAACUGCUUACCUCCCUGCAGCAGGAUAAGGCCGACUUUGAGCCCGUCAGCUUGCUCGGAGGCUUUUUGCAGUGGUUUAAAAAUAAGAGUCGCAAUUAG